CCCAAGCCCCAUUCGGAUUACAUAACAGCUCAGUGUCAAAUCAUCCAGUCUGUGGAGGACAAGUUAAGGGGGUCUUCACCGGCGAUGCGGACCGCCGAGCGGACUCUCCCCAGCAGCUUCCAUGCCAUCCCCCUCCACUCCUCAUUCCUCCUCCUCCUCCUCCUCCCCACCCGCCAGCCCACCCUCUCCCUCUCCCUCGCACAUACACACUCGCACUCAGUCAUGAAUGCACAGGGAUUGCAGCAGCGGCAGCAUCAGCAUCAUCAUCAGCAGCAGCACCCCGAGAUGGAGAUCUCCGCUGCGAGCGCCCGUAACCGCUGUCAACGCACCGGCUGCCUUUCCGGCUGGACGCAAGCGCGGCGCCUGACCAACGCGCGGAUGGACACGGGGGAGAGGCGCUCGCUUGUCCUUUGCACCUCUGAUCUGGGUCUCAAGGAAAUAUGGUGAGCAAAGAGGACGGCAAAUGCAUGGUUGCGUCAGACUCCGAUGACUCCGAUUCCGACCUCGCGCACAACCUCGACGAUCAGCAGGUGAAGAAGAAAAACAAGGCCUUGCAGGUGCGAUUUCAGGAUAUCUGCGAAGCGCAGCAUGAGUAUCGAGGAAAGCACACCAGAUCCAUUUCCUGUAAAGUGACCCACCGACGGUACAUGACCAUGCCCGCCAGACGAUCCAUCCCAAACGUGACCAGGAGCACCGGCGUGCAGACAUCGCCGGACCUAACCAAACGAUACAAAACUUUUCCCUUUGAGAGGAAAAAGGGCCACACGUUUAAACACGCCGCCCUGGUGGAAGAUUACAGGGGACACAAUAAUGGCUUUUUGAGUGACAUAAAAGCAGUCGGAGAUGACGGGCAACCCAUCGGGGUGACUUCCAAGUGCGAGGGUAAGAUUGUGGGGCAGACCAAAGCGUUGCUCCAUCACACCAACGACAGCAGCGAGACGGAGGAUUUGAUUUGCGACGCCAACUGUGUGGACGGACCCUCUUGCACGGACUCGCAUUUCUCGCAAGACUCCCGUCUGAGCAACCCUUCGUCCAAAAGUGAACCGGAGCACCAGGACUGCGGCACAAGGACCAAACACAAAGGAUUACACCGAGACGAAAGUGAUGCCGGUGCCUCCUCCAAGCGUCAGCUGGCUACUUCGGACUUAGCGAAGGGCCGGGGCCCGGUCGCGUGGAAUUCUUUGACCCGAGUGGAGUCUUUAGGGAGCCCCUCCAAGGCUUGCAAAAGAAAAAAGGGAGCGCAGCCGAGCGAGCAGCAGUCACAGACGUUCCCUCACAGCGCCAAAUGUUCGGCGCAGUCGGAAGGACCGUGUCGGACGAGGCACACGUCGGCGUCCUCUAAACUGCAGCAGACGCCGGGGACGGGCGCGGGCUUCCCCCCGGGAAAUACCGGAGCAGCUCUAGGCGUGGGCGGCGGCCAGCAGAUAAUUCCCUUAUCGGAUGACAAGGAUAUCAAAGCACAGCUGCAGGCGAUGGAGACGCUCAUCAACUCCAGCCAGGAGACCAUCAAGGUCCUGCUCGGAGUUAUUCAGGAGUUGGAGAAAGGUGAAGCGCAGCGAGAAGGGCUCACCUACCGAACAGGACAAGACACGGCGAACUGUGACACUUGUCGAAACAGCGCAUGCAUCAUUUACAGCGUGGAGUUGGACUUUAAGCUGCAGGAAGACAAGCUGCAACCGCUGAUGAAGAGACUUUGCCCCCAGGACAGCCGACAAAGUCCCGCCCUGCCUUACUCCAACGAAGUCUUCACAUCCACUCCCAAACGCAAGUCCAAGUCUGACUCUAAGAAGCACGCCCGCUGGAAACUGUGGUUCCUUUGAAUGGAACAUGAAUGCUUUGGAAACGGCCUUUUAUCGGGCUCCCUAAUAUCUCGUCUCAAAACGGAUAAACGAAAAUUCCGGAGGAGGAACCAAGCCAAGAGGAUGGAUAAGAGUACAGUAGAGAACCGUUCAUUUUUGCCGGGUUUUGAGCUGAGACUGCACGGCAAGUCAGCGGGGAGAAAACAAAACACACAAAAAUAAAUUUAUCUUUCAAAUUAUGCCAAACUUUUUUCUGGCUCAUUAGCUGGGGAGGACAAAUGAACACCUGCAAAUCUAGCAGACCGCUUGGCAACAAGAGGAGACGCCACGUGAAAGGGGCUUGGGGGCCGGGGGGGGGGGGGGGGGCUUUGAUUGGUGAAGGUGUAAGCGUUGAACGGACAGCACCUCCGGCAAAGCACAACAAUUGACUAUUUACGAGGAACACGUGUCAAGCACUGACGUUCAGCACGGCGCUUCCCGCUGGGCCGAGGACUCGCCUGCCGCUUUUUCGUCUUCUGUCACUACUUUGAAUUCAAGCUCUCCGUGCAAACAACCAACCGACAUCGCCUUAGACAAGACAUCAUGUUUAUUCCCACUCCCCAUCCCCCUCCACCGCCACCUUAAUGGAUGGUACACAGAGUUCAGAAUGUAUGAAUGUUUUUUUUUUUUUUGCGCACUGGCUGUGUUUACUGCACCGUAAAGGAUCUUCUGCAGGCUCGACUGAGCAGCGACAUGAUGGAGAAAAGGUGCUUGAAUUUUGUAGUUUUAUGCCUCAGGUGGAGUUGAGGUGAUCAAGUCAGGGUUAUAAAAAUAGUCGCGCAUGAACCAGCCGGAAAAAAAAAAUUAAUAAAAACACCCUGCAGAAAAUAUACCGAGUUAAUACAGCCACAGCCAAUAUUUUCAAUUUUAAUUAACGUAUUCAUAGCAAAGAUAAUGACAAUUUGGCAGAGUGGAAAAAAAAAAGGCAUGAGUGAGUCUCUCCUUCAUUUUAAAAAAAAAAAGGUAUUUUCUGGAUGAGCUCACGUUUUUAACAAAACAUGCAUACAUACUGUAUUUGUAUUUUUUGGGGGGAUGAUGUGAUGCUUUGGAAGUCCCGGUGGGAAGUAAAGGCUGUUUUUGAAAGGCCUUCUUGAUGUUGUGAUGAUCAUUUAUCGCAUGAUGAACUUGUACUGAAAUGCCACUGUUCUCCUCCGGAGGCAGCAGUGGGUAGAAAUCAAUGUGUUCACGCUUGGGCGCAAGCUUAGGAAGUUUUUGUUUUCAUGGAUGUCACAAUAUUCUCUUACCAUGUCACCUGCAGAUUUCUCUCGUAUAUAAACGACUGGAGGAUGCCAAGAGGAAUACAUUGCGAUCUUCUUUACGACAUAACAUUUCUAGUUGCCGUUCAGUCGCUCAAACUAACAAUCUCAAAAGCAGAAUUGUAGCCAAGCAAAGAUAUAUAUUUUUUACAUGUACCCAAUGUGGCCGUUGUACUGAAAGAGCAUGCUGUCACAAUGCCGGUACAAUAAAGCCAGGUACUACUUUUAUCCGAGUGAAGCCCCUCAACCCAGUUCAACAUAGUUCCCAGGUACCAAAAUCCUGCAAGAUUGUAGCAAAGCACUAAUUAUGUCUCAAUGAAGCUCCUCGUCGCACUUCAAUGUCUUUCCGUGGCACCAAAAUACCCAAAGAGGGUGACAAAGCUCUACUUUUGUCUCAAUGAAGCUCAUCAACUCGCCUUAAAAUUGUUUCUCAGCACCAAAAAUGCCACGAGACAGUGGCAAAGCUCUGCUUUAGUCUAAGUGAAUCUCCUCAAUUUAGUUUCACAUAGUUGGUGGGCACCAACAUGCCACCUGGUAGCAAAGCUCUACUUUUGUCUAAAUGAAGCUUUUCAACUCACUCAAUAUAGUUGCUUGGCAUGACAAUGCUAGUAUAUGGAGCCAGAUGAGGUGGCUUGGGCAUCUGAUUCGGAUGCCUCCUGAACGCCUCCCUGGUGAGGUGUUCCGGGCAUGUCCCACCGGGAGGAGACCCCGAGGAAGACCCAGGACACGCUGGAGAGACUAUGUCACCCAGCUGGCCUGGGAACGCCUCGGGAUCCCCCGGAGAGAGCUGGAAGAAGUAGCUAGGGAGAGGGAAGUCUGGGCUUCCCUGCUAAAGCUGUUGCCCCCGCGACCCGGCCCCGGAUAAGCGGUAGAAGAUGGAUGGAUGGAUGGUGGCAAAGUUCUGCUAUAAAUGAAGCUUUUCAACUUCAAAAUGGUUCUUCUGCACCAAAAUGCUUCAAAUGGGGGCAAAUCACUACUUUUGUCUGAAUGAAAUUCCUCAUAGUUCUCUACUUUUUUUUUGUCUUCAACUCACUUCAGCAUGGUUCCUCGGCGAUGAAAUUCCACAGAAUGGUGGCAAAGCACUAAUCUUAAUGAAGCUCCUCAACUGAUUCUACCAUAGUUCCAUAGCAACAAAGUGCCCAAAGGUAGCAAAGCUCUGUUUGUCUGCAAGGAGCCCCUCAACUCACUUCAACAUAGUUCCUUGGCAACAA